UUUUGUCCCUCUUAUUUAUUUUUCUCUCCUUAUUAAUUUCUCCUUUCUUAAGGUUUCGGAUUCUGUUUCUGGCCAAACUGUGGUAGACCCAAAAGGUUAUUUAACUGAUCUUCAAUCAAUGAUACCUCAAUUCGGAGCGGACAUGCAGGAUAUUAAAAAGGGUCGAAUGCUUUUGAAAUCCUUGCGUGAAACAAACCCAGAAAAACCUCAAGGUUGGGUAGCCUCUGCACGUUUAGAAGAAGCUAGUGGUAAAUUACAAGCAGCGAGGAAUUUAAUUAUGGAAGGACUUGAAAGGAUUGAUAAAUCUGAAGAUUUGUGGCUUGAAGCAAUUCGAUUACACCCUCCUAAUGUUGGAAAGAAUAUUGUUGCCAAUUCGGUUCGUGCUCUUCCCCAUUCAGUCAAAAUUUGGUUAAAAGCUGCUGACCUUGAAAUUGAUGUUAAAGGCAAAAGAAAAGUUUUGCGUAGAGCUUUGGAAAGUAAUCCAAGCUCAGUUCGUUUAUGGAAAGCCGCGAUAGAUUUGGAAGAUCCUGAAGAUGCUCGAAUGCUUUUGUCUAGGGCUGUUGAAUGUUGCCCUUUAAGUACUGAAUUGUGGCUGGCUUUGGCGAAAUUGGAGACUUAUGAAAAUGCUCAAAAGGUAUUAAACAAAGCUAGAGAAAAUAUUCCAACAGAAAGAAUGAUUUGGAUUGCAGCUGCAAGACUAGAAGAAACUCGUGGACAAGCUAAAAGAGUCCCAAUUUUAAUUGAACGUGCUUUAAUUUCUCUUCGUUCUGCACAAGUUGAAAUAAACAGAAAACAAUGGUUGGAAGAUGCUGUUGAAUGUGAGGCUGCUAAUUGCCCAUUGACUAGUAGAGCUAUUAUACAAAAUGUCAUAGCAAUUGGUGUUGAAGACGAAGAUAGAAAACACACAUGGAUGGAAGAUGCAGAAUGGUUUAUAACACAACAUGCAAUACAAUCAGCUCGAGCAGUAUAUUCCUACAUUUUAAAUAUAUUUUCAAAGAAGAAAAGUAUUUGGACUCGAGCAGCAUUUUUUGAAAGAGAAUUUGGUUCUGUUGAAAAUUAUGAAGAAAUUUUGAAGAAGGCAACAGAAAAUUGUCCAGAUGCUGAAAAUUUGUGGUUAAUGCAAGCAAAAUCGAGAUGGCAGGGAGGGGAUGUUGAAGGUGCUCGUCAAAUUUUAGCCCAAGCUUUUAGACAUAAUCCUAAUUCUGAAGAGAUUUGGAUGGCUGCGGUUAAACUUGAAUCGGAAAAUGAGGAAUUUGAUCGUGCACGAAAAUUACUUGAACGUGCUCGAAAUUCUGCACCUUCCCCCCGUUUUUGGAUGAAAUCUGCACGUUUAGAAUGGUGUUUAAAUGAUUUGGUUAGAGCAAAAGAAUUGUUAAAUGAAGGAAUUAAAUUAUAUCCAAAUUUUGAAAAAUUUUAUAUGAUUUUUGGACAAAUAUUUACACAAGAAGGCAAUUUUGAUGAAGCAAGAAAAUUUUAUAUUGAAGGAACUAAAAGAAAUGUUCAUUGUAUUCCUCUAUGGUUAUUGUUGGUUAGACUAGAAGAAUUUAGAGGAAGACAUAUAAAAGCGAGAAGUGAAUUAGAUAUUGCAAAAACUAAGAAUCCAAAAUGUGAUGAAUUGUGGUUGGAAGGUGUUAGAAUUGAAAUGAGAGCUGGACAGAGAGAAUUGGCACAAUCAAUGUUGGCUAGAGCUUUGCAAGAAUGUGAACAUUCUGGAAGACUUUGGGCAGAAGCUAUAUUCAUUGAAUUACGCCAUGCUAGAAAAACAAAAAUUGUGGAUGCAUUAAAGAAAUGUGAGCAUGAUCCUCAUGUACUUUUGGCUGGUUCUAAGCUUAUUUGGGCUGAAAGAAAAUAUAAAAAAGCGAGGGAAUGGUUUAUGCGAACAGUUAAAGUUGAACCUGAUUUUGGCGAUGCUUGGGCAUAUUUUUAUAAAUUUGAACAAAUUCAUGGAACUCAGGAACAAAAAGAUGAAGUAAAGAAGCGUUGUUUACAAGCAGAGCCACGCCAUGGAGAACUUUGGCAAGCAGCAUCAAAAGAUGUUAAAAAUUGGCGUAAAAGAACAGGGGAACUUUUAGAAAUAAUUGUUGUUAAAAAAAUGUUCUUCAAACAAUUUAUAGCAGCUUGCAACCAAAACAUAAUUCCUGUUCGUUAUGAAAGAUCUUUUAGAGGAUUAAAAAAGUUGAUGGAAAGGCAAGGUUUGGUACCUUUUAGUGAAGAUGAUCAGGCUUUUAAUUAUUUGGAAAGGAGGGCUGGAAUGUUGAAGCCAGUGCAUACCGUGGAAGAACAAAUUGAAUAUAUGGCUAGUGAAGCUUAUUGGAAUGUCUACAAAGAUAGACCAAUUUGGGAAACUUCUUGGAAACGUAAUUUACGUACACAAUUAAAAUGGCAACCACCAACCAGACUUUUUUGUAUUGACCGAAAUGGACGUUUUAAUGUAAAUAAUGCUUGCCCUGUUUGUCGAGACGAAUAUUUUUUCUUUGAUUACAGGAAUCCAAAAUUAAUGCAACAUUUUUUACAACCUGGAACUGACUUGCCCAUAUCUAAUUUAAAAACUGGUUUGUGUAUUGAACAGACAAUCAAUUUACAAGCUCAAGUGUUGAAAGCAAAGGAAAAUGGAACACUUCCAUUCAAUGUUGAAUUUCGUUAUUUUGAUUACAAAGAGUGGUAUCCAGAAUUAUGGAAAAAUAGAGAAGAUGAAACAACAAAGCUUGUCGGAGAUGAAGAACUUCCAAAAAGAAAUGUUUCUGUAGACGAUGUUUAUCAAAAUCCGGAUAUUGUAUUUCCUAUACAUAAUAGAGAUGUUAAUACAAAAUGGGAUGAGUGGUGGAUGAGACAAGAAAAAUUUACUAGAAAGGGGCGAUAA